CAUUUAUCACAUAUGUAUAACACUAUACAGUUAUAUUGCUGGCAAUAACUUUAUUUUAACCCUAAUUAUUACAAGGGGCAAUGUUUAUUGAAGCUAAAAUAGACUGGUUUGCCAGUGGAUACUCUUUAACCUGUUGCUAAAAAAGCGAGUGGAUUUUACUAAGCCCUUAAUUUGAUAAUCCUGAAAGCACAGUCAGUACUAAGACAGUACUAGAGGCUUUCUUACAUCUAGCGUGCAUUAUACAUCACAUUAUGAUCUCUAACUAUUGACAGCUUUAAUUUAUUUACAUCUUUUCACCUUUUUGUCACAGAAAUGGCUCUUCUUUUGGCCUUGUUAUGUCUCACAAGUGUUGUAUUAGGAAAGCAGAAGAUAAAUUCAGAAAACAUCACACGGAUUCUGGACGGACUUCUCGAGGGUUAUGACAAUCGCCUGCGUCCGGGAUCUGGAGGAGUUCACUAUGGAUAUGUUUUUCCGCCAAAUGUGGGUUGACGAGAGGUUAGCCUUUCAGGGGCCCGUCGAAAUCCUGCCUUUGAACAACCGCAUGGUGGACAAGAUCUGGACGCCCGACACGUUUUUCCGCAAUGCAAGGAAGUCCCUCGCACACAACAUGACGUCUCCUAACAAGCUGUUUCGGAUCAUGCAAAACGGGACGGUGUUUUACACCAUGAGGCUGACUGUGAGUGCGGUGUGUCCAAUGGUGUUGAUGGACUUUCCGAUGGAUGGACACACAUGUCCUCUCCUGUUUGGAAGCUAUGCGUACACUAAUCGUGAAAUCGUCUACACGUGGAGGAAGGGUCUUCAAGCAUCCGUCGAUUUUCCUCCAGAAUCAUCAAGCUUACUUCAGUAUGAUCUCGUGGGCCAGACUCUGUUCAGCGAGACAUAUAAAUUCAGCACAGGUCUGUAUUCGGUCCAGGUUGUCCACUUCUAUCUUCAGAGGAAGCUCGGCUACCAUCUCAUCCAGACGUACAUCCCGUUGAUUAUGGUGGUUGUGCUGUCACAAGUGGCAUUCUGGAUCAACAAGGAGUCUGUCCCGGCUCGGACGGUGGCUGGAAUCACCACUGUGCUCACCAUGACCACUCUGAGCAUCAGCGCACGCUCCUCGCUGCCCAAAGUCUCCUACGCCACCGCCAUGGACUGGUUCAUCGCCGUCUGCUUCGCCUUCGUGGCUUCGGCCCUCGUGGAGUUCGCCGCGGUCAACUACUUUGCCACGCUCGAGGCCAACAGGGAAAACCGCCGGCUCUCCAGGGCCUCCGUUCUGGAGUCCACAGCCCAGAGCAGCGACGACGAGCCGGAGACGCCUCAGUCUGAAACCAGUGGCUUUAGCCGCAGAAGACGAGGGAACUCUGUGUCCGAGGCGCCCAGGAAUCGCUAUCCCAUCUUCCUUCAGGGCUCGGCCGUCCCUCCCAACAUGAUGCUGGCAGGCACCAGUGCCAUAGACAAAUACGCCCGAAUCCUCUUCCCUCUGGCCUUCGGGAUCUUCAACCUCAUCUACUGGUUCAUCUACCUCAGCAAGGACACCAUGGAGAAGCCCAGGGAGCUCGAGUGAGUUUCUCCUGAGAAGACAAGGCCUUGUCCUCGACUUUCCUCUGGACCUCUGUCUCUCACUUUCGUCAUCUAGCAGCUUCACCCCUGACGGAGCGCGAGGCUGUCUGACACUAUCUGACAAGCAUGUGAUCCUGUCCCUGUCCUGUGUUAUCACCUUACAGACUUUACACUCCAUUUGCCUUUAUAUUCACAGCCGAAGCCACGCUGUUAUACUGACCCUGACACACAGCAGAGCCUCCUCUGCUCCUGCUCUUCUGCAUCUGAGUGUGUGUGUGUGUCUGUGUGUGUGAGUGAGAGUGUGUGUGUAUGAGUGAGAGUGUGUGUGUGUGUGUGUGUGUGAGUGAGUGUGUGUGCGUGAGAGUGUGUAUGAGUGAGAGUGUGUGUGUGUGUGUGUGUGAGUGAGAGUGUGUGUGUAUGAGUGAGAGUGUGUGUGUGUGUGAGAGUGUGUGAGUGUGUGUGUGAGAGUGUGUGUAAGUGUGUGUGUGUGUGUGUGUGUGAGUGAGUGAGUGUGUGUGCGUGAGAGUGUGUGUGUAUGAGUGAGAGUGUGUGUGUGUGUGAGAGUGUGUGAGUGUGUGUGUGUGUGUGUGUGUAAGUGUGUGUAUGUGUGUGUGUGUGAGUGAGUGAGUGUGUGUGCGUGAGAGUGUGUGAGUGAGAGUGUGAGUGUGUGUGCGCGUGUGUAUGUGUGUGUAUAAUCACAUGGGUAUAUGACACAGGUAUUACAAGGAGCGGGUGACUUAUGAGGACAUAACCCAUGAGUGAGUGUGUGUGUGUGUGUGUGUAUAUUUGAGUGAGUGCGUGUGUGUGUAUGUGUGUGUGUGUAUGUUUGUGUCAGUGAAUGGGUGAAAAGGUGACGUGACAUUCAGCCAAGUACGGUGACCCAUACUCAGAAUUUGUGCUCUGCUUUUAACCCAUCCGAAAUGCACACACACAGAGCAGUGAACACACACACACACACACACACCCCCGGAGCAGUGGGCAGCCAUUUAUGCUGCGGCGCCCGGGGAGCAGUUGGGGGUUCAAUGCCUUGCUCAAGGGCACCUAAGUCAAGGUAUUGAAGGGUGGAGAGAGAGCUGUUCAUGCACUCCCCCCACCCACAAUUCCUGCUGGCCCGGGACUCGAACUCACAACCUUUCAAUUGGGAGUACGACUCUCUAACCAUUAGGCCACGACUUCCCCCUAGUCCUGUGAGUGAGUGUGAGUGUGUGUGUGUGUGUGUGUGUGUGUGUGAGAAUGUGUGUGAGAAUGUGUGUGUGUGUGUGUGUGUGUGUGUGUGUGUGUGUGUGUGAAUGUGUGUGUGUGUGUGUGUGUGUGAAGCACACUAAGGGGUUGAUGACAUAAUCUGCAGUGAUGCAACAUUGAACCAAUGCUUUCAGUGUCCUGCCCUCUACAGAGACACGGCUCUCAUUGCACCAGAUCAGAAGCGCUGGGUUUAUUCUGACAGCUUCAAAGAUUUCGUCUGGGAAAUAGAGGAGAAAAAGUGCAUCCAUAGAACUCAACUUGUACGAACACCAUUCACACGUGACACGUAUGGUGCCUCUCUCGACACGGUGGCUCUGUGAUAGAGGGAUGGAGUAAAUCUCAGUGUUUGGGGCGGGGGGUAAUAUUUAAUAUGUAUUCUCAGCUCACGGUCUCUUUGAUCUUCUCUGAUGUCUCUCUCUCUCUCUCUGUUGGGAAAUAUCUCAUUAUACUACAUAUUGCUUUGUUUUGUUUUUUUCUAAAUCUUGGAUCAAUCUUUUUAUGAACUUGUUUUCUUUCAAUUAGUCUUGAAAGCAGUGGUGGACGAAGUACACAAAUCAAGUACUUGAGUAAAAGUACAGAUACGUAUAGUAAAAUAUUACUCCAGUAAAAGUAAAAGUACUCCUUUUUCAAUCUUACUCAAGUGAAAGUACAAAAGUACUCAAUUUUUUAUGUACUUAAGUAAAAAAAGUACUGAAAGAUAGAUGUUUGCAAUUUUAUAUAGGCUACUUAAUUUAAUGUUAUAUUAGCACAUAUUUUUUUAUAAUCCUACUGCUCAAAAUACCCGGGGUUUUUUCCAAAAUAACCACUAGAUGGAGGCAAGAUAUAUUUUUGUUGUUGAUAUGGACUACACUGAUGAGAGUAAUGUUCACUGUGAAGCUUACACUGUGAUGUACCUGAGAGAAAACAGAGAUGACCAUCUGAUUUUCACCAGUAAGAACAAAGUAUUUUAAAGUUUGUUUUACAGAACAUCAAAGUUACAGUACAGACCAAAAGUUUGGACACACCUCCUCAUUGAAAGAGUUUUCUUUAUUUUCAUGACUAUGAAGAUUGUAGAGUCACACUGAAGGGCAUCAAGGGCUAUUUGAGCAAGAAGGAGAGUGAUGGGGUGCUGCACCAGAUGACCUGUCCUCCACAGUCACCGGACCUGAGCCCAAUCUAGAUGGUUUAGGGGUGAGCUGGACCGCAGACAGAAGGCAAAAGGGCCAACAAGUGCUACGCAUCUCUCGGGGAACUCCUUCAAGACUGUUGGAAGACCAUUUCAGGUGACUACCUCUUGAAGCUCAUCAAGAGAAUGCCAAGAGUGUGCAAAGCAGUAAUCAAAGCAAAAGAAGAACCUACAAUAUGACAUAUUUUCAGUUGUUUCAAGCUUUUUUGUUAUUAAUAUAAUUCCAUAUAUAAUUCCACAUGUGUUAAUUCAUAGUUUUGAUGCCUUCAGUGUGAAUCUACAAUUUUCUUAGUCAUAAAAAUAAAGAAAACUCUUUGAAUGAGAAGGUGUGUCCAAACUUUUGGUCUGUACUGUAACUUUAUAUAUGACAUGAUAAUAAGGCCUGAAGUUAGAAAGAACAUUAAGGAAAAUAUAAUUAUAUUUUCAUAAUGAUUUUUUCCUUCUCAAACCUUGUCUAUGGUUUAAAAACUACCCAUAGCCAAACGGGGUGCAUCUCUUCCCACUUUAAUAAUUACUGUAGUUACCAUGUUCUGAACAUCACAUCCUUUCUUUUCU